CAGGUGGUAGACGGCGAGAAUGUGGUGCUAGUUGGGUGCGAAAACGAGGAAGACGUCCCGGCGACGGAACGAUUGCACCUUCCAAAUUCUUCCAUCGAUACACAGGCCACUCAGCAGUUGCUGGACUCAUUUGCUCAAGUGAUAGAAAUGAAGGGGCCCAUAAUCGUUGAUCAGCUCUUCCACAUGGUCACAACAAACUUCCCCGAAGAACAGUGGUUUAACAUGUUCAAAAAUCCGAGCGACCUCAAGACUUUUCUGAAGCUCUUCUCGGACUGCUUCCACAUUCAAUCCAAUCUAGUCACGCUAUUGCAGAAACCAAAGCUGUCCGAUUCGCACAUCCGACAGGCCCAGGAGAAAUUGAAUCUGUCGAAUAGCACAUUUCCGAGCAACACGAGCAUCGGAAGUUCCGGAAGCACAGUGGGAAGCACGAAUGGAAGCAGCAACACGAGUCGAACGGCCUCGCCCAAAAACAUGAUCGGCGAUUUUAAACUUAACGAACCGGUUUCGGUUCCGAUUGGCCCUAACAACAAUUCCGUUUGCGCUGCACUGAACAAUAGCAACAAAGGCGAACCCACCAGCGGUUUCGAUAGUUUACUCAUGAAUAAUGAUUUUAGGAUGGAAAACCUGUGUCCCAAAAACUGCCCGGACGCUUCAGCCUCCACCUAUCCGAGCAAACAAACGCCGCAGCAGAACAGCAUCAAGCCGGAUCAGCUUUCGGCGGCCAACGAGAAGGCCAAUCUCGUCAACAACAAUAGUCAGGCUGUGAAUCCGAAGAACUUAAAUAUUUCCCUCAAGCAACGUAUCAACAGUUUGGUCAUCAAAACCCUAGCUGAAAACCUUGAAAAAGAUAAACAAUCCAUGUCUGCCAUUCACCAAACUCAUCAACCCGCCGGAACCGGUCAACUCAAUAAUAACUACGUAACUCCGGUGGCUAAUCCCGUGUCCCCAACGCCACCUGGUCCGGUUCACUCGAACGAUUACUUCAUGGGCGAUACCUGGAAGAUCAAGGUACUCCAGAACACCAAAGUCGUUUCGACUCUCAAAGAUUCGCAAUUCAUUACGGCAAACAUUCUCAAAUCGGCAGCCUCCGGCGACGGACAGUCCGUGUUAAGUUUCGACUGCGAAGGCAUCAAUCUGGGCAUACGAGGUAAGAUUACGCUCAUCCAGCUGGGGACGACUGAUGGUGAAGCGUUCAUCUUCGACAUUACCGUCUGUCCGGAAAUGGUGACCCAGGGCGGCAUCAAGGAGGUGCUCGAAUCCGAAAAAGUCAUCAAGGUGAUACACGAUUGCCGGAACGAUUCCGUUAAUUUGUUCAACCAGUUUUCGAUCCAACUGCGCAACGUGUUCGAUACUCAGUCCGCACACGCCGUGCUGCAGUUCCAGGACCAGGGUAAGCAGGUGUACAAGGUGAAAAACGUUUCACUGAACACUCUCUGUGAGAUGUACAACGCCACCGUCAAUCCGAUGAAGGACCAGCUGAAGAAUGUGUACCGCCGGGAUCAGAAGUUCUGGAGCCGGCGACCGCUGACGCGGGACAUGUUGCUGUACGCCGCCGGAGAUGUGCUGAUCCUGAUCAAUAAGCAGCUAUUUCUCAACAUGGCCACUUCCAUCAAGCCGGAAUAUCGGGAGCUCCUGGGGGAGCUGUGCACUGAGCAGAUUUUAAUGCUAAUCCGCCCAGUGGACGUCAAGAUGCGCAAGAAGCAACGCAAGGUCCGAUCCGAGCUGCAAGAUCUCAAGGUGAAGCUGAAGGGCGCCAGCAAAAAUGUGGUGCUGAGCAACCGCGAGAUCCGAUUGCUCCGAUACAUGGACUUAACGGAAGAAGAGAAAGAGAAAUUAAGAGUGUCAUACAAGGUGGCCCGGAAGUUGGACAAGUUAGAGAACUUUGAUCGGGAUCGUGGGGAUCAGAGCGAUUCGGAUGACGAUUGUGAUGUGAUCGAACAGGACUACCAAAGUCUGGACAGUGUCCCGUCGGAUAAUUCUCUGCCGGGAACGGGCGGAGGUCCGGGAACAUUUUCGCCCAAGAACUGUGAGCCGCCAAGUUUGACGGAAUCGAUGCAGUUGAUGGAUGAGAUUCUGUCCAACACUACCAUGGAUCGGAUGUCCAAGAUCGAUAAGCUCGAAGCGAUCCUAUCGGCGGCAACCUUACUACCGAAUGAUCAGCCGGCGAAAAAGGAGGAUCCCAUCAAGAGUCGGUCUACAAAAUCAACGGGUACUACUACGACUAGCUCGGUUGGUGUUAUCACCGGAGGAGGAUCCAAACUAUCCUCCCGGCUCCAACAGCAACAGCACGGCUUGACGCCUCCCCCAGCCUCAGUUUUUCAUCAUGCACCGAGGCACCAUGCGACCGAAACUCGGGAAGCAGCCUGCCAGACGCUCAGCACCGGGGACAUCGUCAUUACCAAGAUUUUCUUCAAGGAAGAACAAGACAAGAAGGGCGAAAAGACGCUUAUGGUCUCAUCCAAGAAUGGGGAAAUGAAUGCCGAAUUGCAACAGCAACAGCAUCAUCAGGUACAUGCCUGAGGUCAACGGCCGGAACACCGGAACAGGUCGGAUCGCCGAUCCCGGUUUGGGAUGUUCCAACAGAAUUAGUUUGGUUGGUUGUCUACAGGAGGAACUUCUUGGAGGGUUCCGGACGGGUUAUUUUUUUUUCUUGUUGGUUUCAGUAUGGAUAUCAAAUAUCUGAGCGUUCAGCAACGAGCACGAGGAAGACAGGAAGAAGGGAUCGAGGAGAGUGUGUGAGAUUUAGUUUUGUUUCGAGAAAGAUGACCAGAUAUAUUUGGAAAGCUUAGGACGUAUGCUGAUAGUAUGAACGAGAAGCAAUAAUUUAUCGGUUGAUGCAACAUUUACAUAUGAAAACAAAUCUAACUAUUUUUAACGAUAGCUGUAACCAGCGAAGGAAGAAUAUGUAUUUAUAUGGAUUUAACGAUCAGAACACUAGGCUGCAAACUAGACAAAAUUCGAAGUGUAACUAAUUGUAAAUAGGAAACGAAUCAUUUGCUAAAAAAUGAUAUAACCCCCAUAACGAAGGAUCGUCAUUAUCAAUAUUAUUUUUUGAUAGUAAUAUAUGAGACAUAUAUAUUUGACAAAAAGAAGUCGUUGAAAAAAAAUCGAAAAUCAAAAAUGCUCCUGAAUGAAAUAUUGUAUGCAUAGCUAUACAUUGUUGUAUUAGAAAGUUUAAGCAGACAAAAAGUUAGAAAUAUGAUAGAAACAAAAUUCGAACGUUUGUGUGAAGGCUUUUUUCCCUAUCAUUUCGGUAGAAACACACUUUGAUGAUAUAGCAAAAUGUAAGUCAAUUCAAGACCAUGAUAGUUAACAAGUAUCACAUCAAACAUAUUAGACAAGAAAACAAAUAUCAAAAUCGCUUUUCAAAUAUACAGGAACAAGUCUUGCUAUACUGCGCUGCUACUAUGAAAUAGGAGACAACAACACAUGUGGUAACAACAACGAUCGAUUUAAAAUUGAAAUUGUAAACAAGAAAAAAAAACCUAUUAACAAUUUGAUGAACUUUGUGAGAAUUGAAACAAAAAUUUAUAUUCUGAAAAACAAAAAACGAAAAUAAAAAUGGCAAAAUAUUCUAACAGUAAA